UGUCUGCUAUAACUGCGGAUGGCGCAAAUGCACCCUCCCACCUCCCUCAGAUGCAGGCAGUGGCAACCCAGUCCAACGGACCCCACCAGGUGAAAUAUGUGCUCACGCGAGGUCCCAACAACGCCAUCAGAGCCUCCCCUGCAAUGCCGAACACCCCCAUCAUCACGAUCAGACAGGAGGGCGGGACACUCAGGGCGACGACAUCGGCCCAAGGUCAAGUGCAGUUUGUUCACAAUGGCCAGCAGUAUGUGAGUUCCAGCCAUCAUGUAGGUGGUAACCCAAUGCAAUCUCACUUGGCUAGAAGAGACGUAGCAGUGGGCCACUUGAACAGCGUAAAUGUACCGAGCACUGUCAAUGUAACUGGAGGCAAUACAGGAGUUCCAUUGCUGCUGCGGAAGGUUGACCCCAUAUCACAACAGUUACAGAACUUGGCCUGUAGUCGAAGUGGGAGUGCUGGUUUAGUUGGCACAACCCUGUCCAAUAUUGCAAGUGUUUCCCAAUCUCCACAGCAGAUAUACAGUCAAGGCAGCUCAGUCAAAACUAGCAUGGUAUCUCGACCAGUCGCCAUAUCAACGAUGCCUUCGCAGCAGACAUUCGCAGCUAACCAUCACCAACAACAGCUGUUGAGUAAUCUCAAAGGCCAACAGCUGCAGGCGAUGAGAAACCAUCAGAUACAAAAUAAUAGUAGGCUGAACCAGCAGGAACAGCUGGCAUUGCUUCAAAACUUGAACAAACCAGUGGCAAUGGCACCCGCAAAUAUCAGACCCAAAAACAAAGUCAUGAUGCUUCCUCCUUACCUACUUCAAAACACUUCCCUCCCAAAGCAAUCAAUACCAAACAUCGACCGAGAGAAGAUGCUGGAGUCGAUCAGCAUCAACAACAACAACCAAAUAGGGUACAAAACUACUAACAAACUCAACAGUCCAGCUGCAUCAAACCUCCCGGCUACUAGCAUGAGCUCCUUCUCGCAAUCGGUCAAUGGCCUUUCAACAAGAGAGUUUUCAGAGUCAACGGGAGACGACAACAAUACGCCUGACACUGAGUCCAGUGUGACCGAGGAUUCCGAGACACCAGGCGUGUUCAAUGCCUAUAUCUCACUCAGAAAUGUUGUGGCAUCCUUCCAAGUCAAGUGCUACCUCACACUGAGGAAAAUUGCCCUAAGCACUCUAAACGUGGAAUAUAAACGGGAGUGUGGGAGAAUUAUGAUGAAGCUGAGGAAGCCAGAAGUAACUGCCAAUAUCUGGUCUUCAGGCAAAAUUACUUGCACUGGUGCUAAAUCUGCCUCAGAAGCCAAAGUUGCCUGUCGAAGAAUAGCCAGAAUUCUGCAGAAAAUAGGGUUCAACGUGAAGUUCUCCAAGUUCAAAGUGAACAACGUAUUGGCGACAACAUCGCUGCCUUUCGGGGUGCUGCUUUCAAAACUAGCACAGACGGAGAAAAUAGUUCAGUACGAGCCAGAGUUGCAUCCGGCUGCCGUAGUCCGUUUCAAGGACAUACCUGGAAAGCCCAUCGCCAAGGUCUUCUCAACCGGCAGUGUAACACUGACUGCAAAUAAUGUGCAAGCAGUGCAAGAUGCAGUGGUCGCUCUUUACUCGGUCGUUGAACCUUACAAAACGGCUAAAAGCGCACCGGCCUCUGAACUGACGGCAGCAGCGGGUGCAAAGCGAAGACAAAACGGAGUAGCGGGAGGCGCUGCGAGGAAACAGAUGAAACGGGGCUAUCCAGACAAUGAGUUCGGAUUUGACGAGAGUGAUUCGUCCGAUGAAAGUCAGUGCUCGGAAGACGAGUAUUAGCCCGAAAACACUUGGGCCAUUCGUUCGGUUUUCGGCUUAUUUACAGUAGUUGGUGCAUUAUAUUUCAGAGAGAUUUACAAGUGUCAAUUAUGAAUAAAUGUACCAAGUAUUGUAGAGUACGGCUGGCAAUGGUUCCGAACUCAGCUAUCAUAAGAUGUCUGAAUGCUUGUGAUAUGUGUCAUUUUCAACUCUGUUUCAAAUCAGUAGUGCUGUGUGACUUUUCUAAUUAACACAAAGUGCCAGGAUCUUUUUCUGCAUAAUUUACUUUUUCAUUCGUUUCGUAUUUUGAGGGUUCUUUAAUCUAAACAUGUACAAUUGACCAUAUUUAAUCACGUGUUUCAAAUAAGGUAAAGUGUUAAGUUUGUCACUAUCCAACUUAUACUAGAAGUUAAAAUUGUACAACAGCAAGCUGCUUUUACUCCCUUGGAACCAAAAAUGGAUUUGAACAUGAUCAAAACGGUAACUUCCCAAAUGACAUAAUUCCCAAAUGGCAUAAAAAAGAAACUUCCCAAAAUGGCGUAAAUUUCAAGUUUUUAUUGUAAUUCAAACGUUUUCUUUAAAUUUCUCAUUCUAACAUUUUGCCAGGAACGAAAGCGUGAAGAAGAUUUGAAAUCAGUUGCUUCCAAGCAAAUGCUAAGCGACAAUUUUUUCGGAAAAAUUGGCCACGAGAAACAUAUGAAUAUCCGCAAGCUUAUGCUUUUUGCUUUUGAUAAAAAUGUCGACAAUUUUAUCCAGAUAAAGUUUCAAUCAACUAUUGAAUUGAAUGUUUGACUAAUUUUCUCACAUGGUUCACGAAAAAGUUUUCCAAUUUUUUUUAAUGCAACUGUUGCAUGAAAUUUAUGCCAUUUGGGAAGUUUUUCAUUUUUAUGCCAUUUGGGAAUUAUGCCAUUUGAGACGUAAUCGAUCAAACCAUGGGCAAAUAAACUAAGCCUGGAGUGUGAAACAGGUUAUAGGGUCUAUUUAAACAGUUUGAAGAGUUGUAAUCAUCUUCUGGUACAAUAUGACAUACUCAGCCAUUUUUGAUAUUUCAAUUGAACCUUUAAGAAUUUAAAAGCCAUGAUUGGUUCUGAGGUGUGCUACGGAUUAGAAGACGUUGCCCAAUUUUCAUAAAUGAUCUAUCAAUGGUGCUAUAGAUUAGUGUUCAGGUGAUUUUUUCCACUCAGAAAUUCCAUCGCUGGUAGCUCAAUAUACAUAUUUAACAAUAAAAUUUUGGGGUAAAUCUAGUUUUUCUCUAAAAACAUCUCUUUAAAAGCUUGUCUUUAUAAGCGCUUUUACAAAUCUCCCAAUGCUGUUUACAGUUGAUUUUUUUUAACGAAUUUUUACCAAAAAAGAUAUUUAAAAGUAUUUGAACUACCAAUAGCGUGUGUGCAAACCGGACCAUCUUGUAAAAUAGUCAUAAUAGCGGUAACUAGUAAUUCAUGCGACAUUGGCCUUUAUUUAUUGAUUUGGACGACAACUUUGAGCUAACCGGUGCCGUGAUUACUUGACCUGACUAAAUCCUGCUAUAUAAUGUAAUACUUUGAAGAUAUUUUCUAAGUUUCACAUCUAAGCUGUCGUCCCACCCCAUGAUGUUUAACAUUAUUCGCCGUUAAUGUAGUAAGUUGAAUUAGAUAUAUACAUAAUUCACAGGACACUUAAGGUAAAAAAAAUACUUUGAGACCAA